AUGUCUGACCUUCGACGAGUGCACCGUUUCCGCGACCACGCCGUCGCAGGAGUCAACUGGCGACCGACCCGCUUUGUCAACGAACUGCCCAGUCUGCGUGUGUGUUGCCUCUGCCGCAUGAUUCCCAAGAGGAUAUUCGUGCUUCCCUGCGGCCACCUUCUAUGCCAGUCAUGCGUCACAGCCAGCUCCCAAGGAAGGGGUGGACGGUGUCCCCUGGAUCAAGAGCCGUUCGAGGAAGCUAAAUGUCACAGCUAUGAUUUCAAUACGAGAACAGUGAAAGCCUUGAAGGUUCACUGCUGGAAUGAAGGCCAUGGAUGCAAAUUUGAGGGAGCCAUGGAGAUCAUGCUGCGACACUAUGAAAACGAAUGCACAUUCCACACCGUGGAGUGUUUCCGAUGCGACGAGCAAGUCCUGCACAGCGAACUGCCAGCGCACUACUCAGCCGGAUGCAGCGCAGCUGUUUCCCUGGCUUGCCCGAAGAACACCUCAUCGGACUCUCAAGCCUUCACCCUCCGAGAUGUGACGGGUGCCCUCGCAGAACUGAAGGCACUGCUUAGGGGCGCCAAUCAGGAGCUGCUGCUACCUAUGAUUGAGAGUCGAAUGAAUGAGCUGACUGAACGGAUCAGGAACCUGGAAUCCAUGUCGGCCGUGAUCACUCGUGCUGCUAGGGAAGCUGUAACGUCAGAUUUAGUUCAAGUCGCUGCACCGAGUCCCUCGGCCUCGCAGAUAAAGGAAACUUCUCGGCAGACUGCGACUGAAGAAGAGGCAGAUCGGCGCCUGCCGUUCGCACAGCCGUCAGAAAUCGGAAGGCGCGCGCUUUCUCGAGCGCUCGUGUGUGCCACUUGCCCCGCCACUCGAGUGGCCACUCUUGACGAGAGUGUGUUUUUCUACGAUCUCACCACCAUGUCUGACCUUCGACGAGUGCACCGUUUCCGCGACCAGGCCGUCGCAGGCAUCAACUGGCGACCAACCCGCUUUGUCGACGAGGUGCCCAGUCUGCGUGUGUGUUGCCUCUGCCGCAUGAUUCCCAAGACGGUACUGGCGCUUCCCUGCGGCCACCUCCUAUGCCAGUCGUGCCUCGCAGCCAGCUCCCAUGGAAGCGGUGGACGGUGUCCCUUGGAUCGAGAGCCGUUCAAAGAAGCGGAAUGUUCCACCUGUGAUUUGGCUACGAGAUCAGUGAACGCCUUGAAGGUUCACUGCUGGAAUGAUGGACGUGGAUGCAAAUUUGAGGGAGCCAUGGAGAUCAUGCUGCGACACUAUGAAAACGAAUGCACAUUCCAUGCCGUGGAAUGUUUCCGAUGCGGCGAGCAAGUCCUGCACAGGGAACUGCCAACGCACUACGCAGCCGGAUGCAGUGCAGCUGUUUGUUUAACUAGCACUAAGGACACACCAUCGGUCUCUCAAGCCUUGACCCGCCAAGAUGUGACGGCUGCCCUCGUAGAACUUAAGACGCUGCUGAAGGGCGCCAAUCAGGAGCUGCUGCUACCUGCGAUUCAGAGUCAAAUAAAUGAGCUAACUGAACGGAUCAGGAACUUGGAAUCCAGGUCGGCCACGAUCACUCAUGCUGUCGCGGCAACUGCAACGUCAGAUAUGGCUCGAAUCGAAGUGCCGAGUCCCUCGGCCUCGGUGAAGAGGGAAACUUCUCGGCAGAAUCCAACUGAAGAGGCAAGCACGUCGUCGACGUCCCGGUCCAGCUCGGGGGAGAAGUUGAUGCCUCAACAGCUGGGACCCCUUGUGGACUUGUCACAAGAAGCUGUCAAAGGCAUGCGCAAAACUUCAUCGCAAGAUUAUCCUCAGCAUGCCAUUACUUAUGUCCGUGAGGACGCUCGAUGUCAGUUGGAGUCAAGCGUCAACUGGAGAGCGACGCAGUUCGUCGACGAGGUGCCCAGCUCACGCGUGUGCGCUCUCUGCCGCAUGAUUCCGAAGCGGACUGUGCUGUUGCCAUGCUUGCACGCUCUGUGCCAACCGUGCCAUGUGGCCAGCUGCCAAGGUGCCAGUGGGCGGUGCCCCUUGGAUCAAAAGCCGUUUGACGAAGUGGAGUGCGUCACUUAUGACUUGCCUGCCGGGAAAGCGGCAGCCAUGCAGGUUUAUUGCUGGAACGAAGCCCAAGGAUGUGAGUUCAAGGGCGCCUUGAAAGACAUGCUUCUACACUACGAGAACGAUUGCACAUUCAGCUCGGUUGAAGAUUCGCAAUGCGGCGAAGCAGUACUGAACAAAGACGUCGAACCUCACCAGGUCGCUGGAUGUAGUAAAAGUGUUUCUCCAGCAUGCACACAGAGCACAGUGUCGAAAUUUGAAGCACUGACACUCGAAGACGUGGAGAGUGUAGAAGGGAAGACGCCCUUGAGCGACUCGAACCACGACAAGGUGAUUCCCGCCUGUCCAAGUUGUGAGAACGGGCCGACAAAAGUAUGCAACAAGGAAUCCAGGGUCGCCGUAGUCACAGAUGAGGUUGGACCAUCUGUACUUCUAGACACUGUUCAGCACUCCAGUACGGCUUCCACGACUGCCUCCCAGGAACCGGCUUCCCGGCAAAAUCCAGCGAAAGAAGCCAGCAUGUGA